CCAAAAAAGCUGAGAAAGGCUUCUUUGGAAACGAAAGUUAAGGCCUGAAAAGUUUAAGUUCUCGAAGUGCGUGGCAUUUAUUUCCGUAGGUUAUCCAACCAGGCUCAUUUAAGGGCGUGCAGGACGGAGUUGGAAGCUGACACGACUUGAAAAAGUUCAGAAUGGCGGACAUGUGUGGAGCAACAAGGACAAAGAAAUAUGACAUCCCAUUGUCACACCUGGAUUACAAAUAUGUUGAGGGCUGCAGCGAUGUCAAGGAACUUGAGAAAAUCCUCAAGGUUUUAAGAUCUGGAGAUGAGGGACGAUAUCCUGACUUGGAGAGGACGUGUGAAGAGAAGAUAGAACAGCUGAAUCCUGAUAGUCGCGUUUUACGGAAAGACAAACCUGCUGCUCAGCCGGGUGAUUUGGAUAAAGAAGAGUGGGAGAUCAUCAGUGAUGGCAUAAAGGACUUCACAACAGAAAUGAAAAACCUGGAGAACAGGGGACAUUCAAAGCCCUCUGAUUGUGGGGAUAACUUACCCCCAGUCCGGGGCAGUGGAACGAAAGUCAACACCAGUGUCAAGCCUUCAGAUGAUGGUACAAGCAAGCAGAAGACGGCCAAGUCCGUGAAGCCAAGGGAUUACAGAGAAUGGGACAGAUUUGAUGUUGAUAAGGAGUUAGAAACUGUGGAGAAAGAAGACAGCUCUUCAGUGGCUGAUGUUAAUAAUGCACUAAGGCAGUCAACUCUCCCGCAAAACCUCAAAGCAGAUAUCGACGUCUCAGGGUUAACUGAUGAAGAAAAAACUAACAGAGCUAACAGAGAAAAAGACAAGGGAAAUGAGGCGUUCCGUUCCAAUGACUACCUGGAGGCUGUGGUAUACUACACCCGCAGCAUACAGUGUGUUCCCCUCCCUGCUUCAUAUAACAACAGAGCUCUGGCCUAUAUCAAGCUGUCAAAGUGGCCAGAGGCUGUUGCUGAUUGUAAUAGAGUCCUUGAAGAAGAAACGGAUAAUGUUAAAGGUAACCAUUUGCGCAGAGGCACAGCGUACAAGGGAUUAAAGGAUUACCACAAGGCUCAGAGAGAUUUUGAGAAAGUUUUAGAGUUGGAGCCAAAUGAAGAAUUAUUAGGAGAGCUGGGGAAAGACAAAGCAAAGGAGGAGGAGGAGGAAAAAGAAGAGAGGAAGCAGAAAGGACGACGCAUGAUGAUAGAAGAGGUGGAAGGGAGCGAGUCAGAAGAGGAAGGAGGGGACAAAAUUACACCAGUCAUUAAUGAGACAACACAGGCUGUGGAGACGGACUCAGAUCUUGUGAAUGGCCAUGCUGAUAACUCUGCCACAGAGACGGAACACAAAACUGAUACAGCCGAGUACAAAACUGAUAGUAAAUCCGCAAGUGAAAGUAAAUCGGAUAGUGAAAGUAAAAAUGAAGGGGAAGUCCAGACUGAAUGUGAGGCCAAAUGUGAGUCGGCAAAAGAAGAUACUGCAGACGGUGGUGUGUUAAGCACUGGUGAAAUGACUAAUCCCGAAGGCACUGGGGAGUCAUUCUCCCGUCCAGUCCUGAUCCAGCACCCACUGCCCACUAAAGCUGGAGAACUGAGAGAAUUGGGCAACUCCCUGUUCAGAAGUGGCCAGUAUGGAGAUGCCAUUGCGAAGUACACAACUGCCAUUGAUUUGAUUGUUGAAGAAGGCAAGGAGCAAACCGUCAACCUGUCGUUGUUGCACAGUAACAGAGCCGCAUGUAAGCUGAAGGUGGGCGAUUGUGCUGGAGCAAUUGAAGAUUGCACGGAGGCCCUGCGUCGUGUACCUCAUUCCAUUAAACCACUUCUGAGGAGAGCUCAGGCUUACGAAACCACAGAGAGGUACAGUAAGGCAUAUGUAGACUUCAAACAUGUCCUGAGUAUUGACAACAGCUAUGACAUAGCCUUCCAGGGGGCCAGUAGGAGUAGUCAAAUGCUCCAGCAACAAGAUGGACCAAAAUGGCGCGAGAAGCUUCCAGAAAUACCCAGAGUGCUAUCGUCAGAUGUUCCGAUCAUUCAGAGCUUGUCCUCCCCAUCUUCACCAGGCUCAUCUUCCACCCUCCAGUCUCCUGACAUUCCACCCUCCAAUGCAGACCUUAGUCCAGGAACUACGGCCUCUGCAAACAUGGCGGAGAAAACAGCAGAGGAAGAAUCCAAACCAUUGAGCCCUGAGGAGGAGUUUAACAGUAAAAAGGCUGAAGGCAAUCAACUUGUUCAAAAGGGAGAGUUCCGCAGUGCUGAGGAGUGUUACUGUGUCUGCGUUCGUCUGUUUCCUGCACGCGCCGUGGGCUUCACCAAUCGUGCCCUUUGUUACCUGAGACUGAACGAGCCAGCUAAGGCUGAGGUUGACUGUACCACAGCACUGGACUUGGAGCCUCAGAACGUGAAAGCCUUGUUCAGGAGAGCCCAGGCCAGGAAGAUGCUCUCUCAAUACAAGGACAGUUUGAGCGACCUAACACAGUUAUUAAAACUGGAGGGUAAAAAUUCAGCGGCAAGGCGGGAACUUGAUUUGGUCAAGCAGUACUACAGAGAGGAGUUAGAAAAAUUGAAAGCCUCAAAGACACCUACUUCAUCAUCCAACAAAGAAGGGGCAAAAUCUGAUGCAAGUGAAAAGUCAUCAAAAAAGACUCGAAAACGAAUGAUCAUUGAAGAGGUAGAAGAUGACACUAAUGAGUCCCCAGGGACCUCUUCAGGGAAAGGAGGUGAGAAACGACAUGAUCUGCUGACAGCAACACUUGUCAUGGUUAGGCUAAUGGUGAUGAAACCAACAAAAACAACCAAACCAAAGACCAAAAAGAUUCCAAAAAAAUCUGGCGCAAAGUCAUCCAGUGCAGAGAUGAAGGCAGCUAGUGAGAUAGCAACACAGUCGGGGGCAACUGUGAAAGUUCCUAAACUCAUAAAGGUUACUCCAUACGAGUUCAUGCAGGCCUGGAACUCCCUAAAGUCUGUGACAGACACAGAAGCAUACGCCAAACUGUUAGAACAGGUUCCACCAGGUGAUAUCGCUACAGUCAUCAGCAACAAAUUGGAUGCCAGCAUGUUGUCCAAGAUCAUAGCCAGUGCCUCUGAAUAUUUCAUUCCUCAUGGUCGUGUAGAGCUGGCGUACAAAUUCUUGUCCAACCUGUGUAAAGUGUCCAGAUUCCAAACAAUCUCCAUGUUCAUGUCAGCCCAGGAAAAGCAAGAAUUAUCAGCUGUCUUUGACAAAAUUGCAGCAGUAAUGACAGAAAAGGCCACAGACAUUGAGAAACUGCGCGGGAUCUACGGCCUGAAGAGUUGAGAGUGGCAGGUCAUUGGCUCAUCAAGUCACAUGAUUAACAAUAUCAUCUCACUCAUUGGUAAAUUACUUAAAAAGUACACUAGUCCUGAGAUUUUCUGCCUUAAAUUGAUUUAAAACCAUUCCAGAAAGGUUUCCUGGUUAAAGUAAACUAAUAACACAGUUGUAUUUGUUACAAUAAGCAGCUUUCAUGGAGUUAUAAGUCUACCACAUGAAACUCAGUUUUGUCAUAUAAGU